CAUAGUUGCAAUCCCUCUUCUUUCUGAAAAAUCGCUGGCUCUCAUAAAAAUUUUCACAAAAGUGGAUUUUCAACAGCAAAGAUAUUUUAAAAUGGAUGAUGAAAAUGUCCAGGAAAAAGAACGAUUUGCAAGUCGAGAAAAUCAUUGCGAAAUUGAGCGGAGACGUCGUAACAAAAUGACGGCCUACAUUACCGAAUUAAGUGACAUGGUACCAACAUGCAGUGCAUUGGCAAGAAAACCUGAUAAAUUAACCAUUUUGAGAAUGGCCGUUGCUCAUAUGAAAGCAUUGAGAGGAACGGGGAACACAAACACCGAUGGAAGUUAUAAACCAUCAUUCUUAACUGAUCAAGAACUUAAACAUCUCAUAUUAGAAGCAGCUGACGGUUUUCUGUUCGUCGUUUCAUGUGAUACUGGAAGAAUUAUUUAUGUAUCAGAUUCAGUGACUCCCGUUUUGAAUCAUUCACAAAACGAUUGGUAUGGAUCGUCUCUCUUCGAAAUGGUUCAUCCGGAAGAUAUUGAGAAAGUUCGUGAACAACUUUCAACACAAGAACCACAAAAUUCCGGUCGAAUUCUCGAUCUCAAGACUGGAACUGUCAAGAAAGAAGGUCAUCAAUCAUCGAUGAGACUUUGCAUGGGUUCACGUCGUGGAUUCAUUUGUCGAAUGAAGAUUGGUAAUGUUAAUCCUGAAAAUAUGGCCGUUGGACAUUUAAAUCGAUUAAAGCAACGAAAUUCUUUGGGACCGUCGCGUGAUGGACAAAAUUUCGCAGUUGUUCAUUGCACUGGUUACAUUAAAAAUUGGCCACCAACUGAUAUUUUUCCAGGAGUUCAACUUGAUCGUCAAAACGAAGACGAUAUGCAUUCAUCGCAUUGUUGUUUGGUUGCCAUUGGAAGACUUCAAGUGACAUCAACAGCCAAUUCUGCUGAUCUCAACGGGGCCAAUAAUCAAUCAGAAUUCAUUUCUCGACAUUCAAUGGACGGAAAAUUCUCAUUUGUUGAUCAGCGUGUGAUGAAUGUUCUCGGCUAUGUUCCCACAGAAUUAUUGGGUAAAAGUUGCUAUGACUUCUUUCAUCGUGAAGAUCAGAAUCAUAUGAAAGAGAAUUUUGAUCAAGUCUUAAAGCAAAAAGGUCAAAUGUUCUCGGUCAUGUAUCGUUUUCGUGCGAAAAAUGGCGAAUGGAUUUGGCUUCGAACGCAAGCUUAUGCAUUUUUGAAUCCUUACAACGAUGAAGUUGAGUACAUUGUCUGCACAAAUAGUUCAGCAAAAACUCUUCAUAAUGUCGCACCUGAUAAUGGUCAACUUGAACCAGAUCAAUCUGUUUACCAUCAACCAGCACCAGGACUUGAUUACACGAUGCAAAAUCGACGUGAAACUCAACCGUAUAAUCCACACGGUUUAAUGUCACAUAUCACAGUUCCACCUCAACAAACACCACAGCCUCAAGCUCCAAACAGCAUUCAACAACGACCAAACAGCACACAGAAUCCCGUGCCAUAUAAUUAUGAGCCGACGCCAUCUCCAAUUCAAUAUGGUUCACCAGGAACACCUGGUUCAAUGGCACGAACAUCAGCAGGACUACCGAAAGGAAAUCAGAAUGCAUCUCCAACAUCGACCGGCUCUCAAGCAUGGACAAUGCGUCAACAAACACAACCAGAAAGCUAUCAAUACAGUCAAUUAAGUCCAUCGCGGUCACCAAGUGGACCAACAUACACACAACUCAGCAGUGGAAUUAACACACGUCCCUACCAUACAGCGACAACUGCACAACAACAAGCACCGCAGCCAGGUUAUUAUGGAUGGCCACAUGCAACAGACGGUUCUGGUCCAAGUGCAGCACAUAACACAACAGUGCCUGCUGGUCAGCAUCCACAACAAGGACAAGAACUCUCUGACAUGCUUCAAAUGCUCGAUCAACAAGGCGGCCCAACAACAUUCGAAGAUCUCAAUAUUCACAUGUUCUCUGGGCAAUUUGAGUAAAGGUGAAGAAAGGAAAACGAUGCUGAAAGCAAUUAAAAUUUAAAGAUCUGAUAAAUUUUUCGAUAUUUUUGGCAUUAAGCACAAACAAAAGAAGUAAGAAAAGACAAAAAGAAUUUUCUUAAAACGCAAUUUCAUAUUUUAAAAAUUUUUUACUUUAAAAAUGACAAACAUGGCAACUUAAAAUAAAAUUAUUGAAGACAUUUUCUUAUACGAUAUCUUAAAAUUUUAAGAGUUGAGUAAAGAUUAAUUAAUUAAUAUUGAAUUACUUAGAUUAUUUAAGAUGGUGACAUUUGAUUAACAAUGACAUUCUGUAAAAAUUCCAUUUCAAAAACAAACCGUGUGGCAUAGUUAAUUAAGUUAAUUCAUUGCCAAAACUUAAUAACAUUUUCAUGCUUCUUUCACUUUCAUUUCACUUAGAAAUUUGUUAAUUUUGAUCUUCAAAAGUAUUAUCGAGUUCUUCGAAUUUAGAAAAAGGAAAAAUCAUUUUUAAAAUAUUUUCUAUCUCUCUUUCUCUCCCUCAUAAAUUUAUAUUAAUGCAUUAAGAAUAUCAUAAUUAUGAAACUAGCUGAAAAUCUUUUGCAAUAGGCUUCAAUGAAACGUGAAUAAAGAAAUCAAAUUUAUAAUUU